AUCUUACUCUUCAACAAAAGCAACUCGCCGACGCUUCUCUUCCAUAUCAGCAAACGACAUCGCCGGUCUCUUCCUUGCUGUUCUUCUGAGUACUUGCUAUAAGGCCAUGGCUAAGAAGAAAGCGGCGUUGCCCGGUCGCGCAUGGAGGCUGUUGCGCAUGGCGCUUCUGUGGGCGCGCAAGGGUGGCGUGUUCAAGCGCGGCAUCUUCGUCGACCUCCGCAUCGUCCCCGGCUACCUCAAGAGCCUCAAACCCGGCGGCCGCGGAUCUGACAGGCUUCACUUCGGGGAGCGCGAGUUCUCCUUCGAGGAGACGCCGGCUUUCCCCUUCAAGACGCCUUCCGUGCGGCUUCUCCGCAUCCCCUGCAUCACUCCGGCCGGGGACUUGGAUACGGAGGACGACGAUCUCGUCUUCGCCAAGCUUGACAGGAAUAGUUACUUACCGGAUAAGCAUGAGACGAAAGAGGCGAGCGAGAUCGGCUGCGAGGAUGACGACGACGACAAUGCGGUACGGGAAUGCGAGGAUCACGCGGGGAUGGAGGAAGAAGAUGAGAUCGACAGGAAGGCGGAGCAGUUCAUAGCAAAGUUUUACGAGCAGAUGAAGAUGCAGCGGCAGAUCUCAUGGCUUCAGUACAACGAGAUGCUCCUCAGAGGCGUGAAUUGAUUGAUUUGCUUGGCUCAGAGUCUUCAUACAUCAUAUAUCCUGUUUGAUUUGUUUUGUGUUUGCUGGUGGAUCUUUUCGUUGCGGCGUCGGUGUAAAUAUUAAGAAGCGGGAUUUGGUUAUAUUCUUUUUGUUUAUCUGAAUAAAAGACUUCAUUCUUUUUUAUUGUGCCA